AUGCAUAAAUAUGCAAAAGCUAUCUUCCAAAUGCAUGUGCCACAUGAACUGUACCUGACUUGGGCCAAGCGUGUCAACUUUGAUGGUAGCAGGAAUAAAGUGGCAAUGCCCAGCAAUCUGAGGGCAGAUAUAAUGAGGAGAUGCCAGGAAAAGUUUAUUCUUGGAAAGGCUGAAAUAAAUCAGAUAAAAAAUACAUUGAAUAGCAUCCUACGGAUGCCCAGGGUACAGCCAUGGAAGAAGGCAUACAUACAGAGAGGACAACAAUGUAUCUGGUUCAGGUUGGACUCCUACCAACAACUUCUAACCAUAAUGUUUGCUGUAGAAGAGAUUAACAUGAACCCCAAUGUUCUCGGCAACAGGACGCUAGGGCUGCAGGUAUAUAAGACGUGUAAUGUACCUCACUAUGAAGUACAAGGAGCCUUACAUUUCCUAUCUGAAUCCAGUAUGGCCAUCCCCAACUACAGGUGUCGUGGGCAAUCAGCCUUCAGUGCUGUUGUUGGAUCUUUCUUUUCCACAAACUCAAUGACAUUGGCAAAUAUGUUGGGGGUCUUAAGAUACCCUCAGAUCAGUGCAUCAUCAAGUAUUUCUCUACUGAGUAAUAAAAUAAAGUUUCCUUCAUUUGUCAGAACUGUUCCCAGUGAUAAGGAACAGUCUAAGGGGCUGGCUAAGCUUAUUCUACACUUUGGUUGGACCUGGGUCGGUCUGUUGGCUGUUGACAAUGAUUAUGGCUUACAGGGAAUUCAGCCAAUCAGGGAAGAGAUAAUAAAGGCUGGAGCAUGUGUGGCCUUCACUGAAUAUAUUCGUUUAUCUCAACCAGACAGCAAUGCCCCACACAUAGUCAAGGUCAUCAAAGAAUCAUCAGUUACGGUGGUUAUUAUCUUCGCUUCUGACGCUAAUUUGGUUCCUAUCAUGAGUGAGAUGUUGAAACAGCAAAUCAAAGGGAAAAUUUUUGUGUCCAACGGUGGUUGGUCAAUGUCUAAUUUGUUCUUAGCUGGAAGCUUUUCUCAGGUGUUAUCAGGGUCCAUUGGUUUAUUUAUUAACAACAGAGUGAUUCCUGGAUUCAGUGAAUACCUCAACAAGGUCCGCCCACGGUCCGAGGUAGUAGACUCAUGGGUGAACUUAUACUGGGAGAAACUCUUUGAUUGCCAAUUUCUCUAUCAGAAAAACAUAACUUUGGAUCCUACAGUGAAGGUGUGCACAGGAGCAGAGAGCAUAGACAGCAUCAAUAACAGCUUUUUCUAUACUAGCGGAUUAAACUAUACCCAUAGUUAUUAUGCUGCUGUCCAUGUUUUGGCUAAAGCUUUAGAAGACAUGAAAAAAUGCAAAUCAAAAGAAGGAACAUUGUCUUAUUUGAGCUGUAAAGACAUUUUUAAUUUUAAACCAUGGCAGCUCCUGCACUACAUAAGGAAUAUGAGGGUUACACUGAGCAGCGGAAGAGACAUUUAUUUUGAUGAUAAUGGCGAUAUCCCUGCAGUCUAUGACAUUGUGAACUGGCGGCUGACCCAAGAAGGGACUAUGAGACAGGUCAAGGUUGGCAGUUAUGACACUGAAGCAUCUUCUGGUCAAAUUCUCAACAUCAACUCUAGUCUAUUGUUGUGGUCUAUGGGAGAAAAAGAGACCCCUCGCUCUGUCUGUAGUGAGAGCUGUCCACCAGGUACCAGGAAGGCGGCUAUAAGAGGACAACCUGUCUGCUGUUUUGAAUGUGAUCCCUGUCUACAAGGAGAAAUAUCUAAUGAAACAGAUUCCAUUAGUUGCCUAAAGUGUCAGUGGGACCUAUGGCCAAAUCUCCUGAAAUCAAAAUGUCUACAGAAGCCUAUAGAGUACCUGCACUAUGAAGAUCCAUUAGGAGCAGCACUGGCAGUUACAAGCAUACUGUCCUCAUCCAUUCCUGUUUUAAUUUUAAGACUGUUCAUACACUGUAAGGACACCCCCAUAGUGAAAGCUAACAAUUAUUCUCUAAGCUGCCUUCUGCUGGUAUCCCUGUCUUUAUGCUUCCUCUGCGCUUUAAGUUUCAUUGGUUAUCCACAACCAGAGAACUGUGUCCUACGCCAAGCUGCAUUUGGGUUGGUUUUUACCCUUUGUAUCGCUUGUAUUUUAGCAAAAACUAUCAUGGUGGUCUUUGCUUUCAUGGCCACCAGACCAGGAAGCAGCCUGAGGAAAUGGACCACACCUCAAGUGUCCUACAUGAUCAUUUUUGCUUGUUUCCUUCUACAAUUCCUCUUGUGUGUCACUUGGCUGUCACUUACACCUCCUUUCCCACAGUAUAACACUAAAACCAAACCUGGACUCAUUAUUGUUGAGUGUAAUGAGGGCUCCCCAAUUGCCUUUUGGAUCAUGCUGGGAUAUCUCUUUCUUCUGGCCACCAUUAGUUUCAUUGUUGCCUUCCUGGCUCGUAAACUCCCUGACAGCUUCAAUGAGGCCCAAUUUAUUACCUUCAGCAUGCUGGCCUUCCUCAGUGUUUGGGUGUCCUUUAUCCCGGCCUCCCUCAGUGCUCAGGGUAAAUACACAGUGGCCAUGGAAAUAUUUGCCAUCUUGGCUUCCAGUUGGGCUCUGGUGAUCUGUAUGUUUCUGCCUAAAUGUUUCAUCAUAGUGUUCAGACCAGGCAUGAACUCCAGGGAACAUCUCAUGAGAAGAAACUGA